AUGUCGUCCGACCUCGACGUCAUGAUCGAGACGCUCCGACGGUGCGAGGUCUUGAAAGAGUCCGAGGUGAAGUGGCUGUGCGGCAAGGCGAUGGAGGUGCUCGUGGAGGAGAGCAACGUGCAGAGGAUCGACUCCCCGGUGACGAUAUGCGGGGACAUCCACGGGCAAUUUUACGACCUCGUCGAGCUGUUCAAAGUGGGGGGGGACUGCCCGCAGACGAACUACCUGUUCAUGGGCGACUUCGUCGACCGCGGGUUCUACUCCGUGGAGACGUUCUUGCUGUUGUUGGCGCUCAAGGUGCGCUAUCCCGACAGGAUAUACCUCAUCCGAGGGAACCACGAGUCGAGGCAGAUCACGCAGGUGUACGGGUUCUACGACGAGUGCCUUCGGAAGUACGGCAGCGUAAACGUGUGGCGGUAUUGCACGGACAUAUUCGAUUACCUGUCGCUGUCCGCGCUCGUGGACAAUCGCAUCCUGUGCGUCCACGGCGGGUUAUCCCCCACGAUCACGAGCGUGGAUCAGAUCCGGACGAUCGAUCGAAAGCAAGAGGUGCCGCACGACGGCGCGAUGUGCGACCUGCUGUGGUCAGGCGCGUUCUAUACACUGGUCCCCAUACGACCCCACCCGGAAGACGUCACCGGGUGGGGGUUGAGCCCGAGAGGCGCGGGGUACCUGUUCGGAGGCGACGUGUGCCACCAGUUCAAUCGCACGAACGGCGUGGACUUGAUCGCGCGCGCGCACCAGCUCGUCAUGGAAGGGUACAAGUGGAUGUUUGACGAGGAGUUGGUGACGGUGUGGAGCGCGCCAAACUAUUGCUAUCGGUGCGGGAACGUCGCCGCGAUUCUAGAGUUGGACGAGCACCUGGAGAAGAACUUUAAGGUGUUCGAGGCGGCGCCGAGCGAGUCUAGGGGGGUGCCCGCGAAGAAGGCGGCGCCGGAUUACUUUUUGUGA